UGGCAGCACCAUCCGGCUGGGGGUGAAGACUCUUGCCGCUUGUUUUGCGAUAACGAGGAGGAACACUGGAUGUUUUUAUUUUGAUUUUUAUUUUCACUCCCUGGAUUUAUUUAUGUCUGUGCCAUUUAAGACAAUACAGCAGUGCGCCAGCAAACGAGUAUACCGGAAUCGAUGGAGAAAAUAAGUUGACUGCUUUCGGGAGAAUUGUUUUCCUCGUUUCAGGAAAGGGGAUUGCUCAUUUGCUCAAUAUGAUUGGGAUUUCAGCAAUGGAUGGGCUGUAGGAAUUGUGACAUUUAGAGGAAGACCGCGUCUAUUAUUUGCUCGGACGUUCCAAAACAUCAGCGGUCGCUGAACGCUGUGUUACUGGUCGAAUAUUCGGGGUUUCGGAUUCGAUAAAUUAUAACAGACUAGCCCAACCUGACACGAGAUUUGUCGUAUGGGGGGAAUUUUGUCUAUGUCCAGCACCGAAAACUAGUAAGCUGGCUAGCAAGUACCAAGUCCGUGCUAUUGGCCUGAUUGAGAUCCCUGUAACUUCUGCAAACUGCAUGCAGCCCUGGCGGUGGAAACAGCGUCGGUGCUGGAUCAGGCAAAAUGGCAAUUAUGAAGAUAAGUAAAAGAUGAAUGUUGCAUUUCACAUGUAAGAUACAGUGGUCCCCCUUUUUCAUUUCUGUAAGGGAAAAUACCACGAGUUUAGAGCGUGGAGCGGCGAUCACCACCUCCAACAUGCGGGAGAUUUAGGGCCGCGUAGAAUUUAUUUAUUGUGGGGGGAGCGGGAUUUUGUUCGGUCGCAUCAACAUUUUUAUUUAAUCUUUUUUGUUUUUGUUGUUUUUUAUUCGACCAAGGAUAUUCUGGAUAUACACAACCGGGAUUGUAGCCCAUCAGUUUAUAAUAUGUGCCGUUAUUGCCUGCAUAUGGAAAAAGAUCUGAAGAAGUAGGUCAGAUCUUUGAAAAGAUAAAGGUUAAGAGUGGUCUUAAAGAGAGUUAGUUUACUCCUAUAAUAUGAUAUCUUGUCACACUUUUUCGAAUAUAUUCCAGGUAUUUUAGUUUUUGUUCUUUGACAUGUGUCAGUUGGCUAAAUGACAGCCAAAUGAGAGUUUGACAACCACUGCCGUAUCUUUGCUAACCCCCUUCAUUUUUCGCCGAUUGAUCUCUUAGGAGACCCUUUUUUUCUUACUCCGGGCCCUUUUCUUUUUUUCUUGUUUUGGUUGUUGAGUGAAUGGCUCUUUGUGGAACGACGGCCACUAAUGCCGCAAAAAUGAUGGCUGCAUACAACGGUGGCGCCUCGGCAGUGGCUGCCCAUCAUCCGCACCAUCACCAUCAGCUAUCGCAUCUCCCACCUCCCCAUCUUCAUCACCACCAUCACCCGGGCCAACAUCAUUUGCAGCACCCCGGCUCGGCCGCCGCCGUACACCCUGUGCAGCAGCACGCUUCCACAGCUGCGGCUGCAGCUGCCGCUGCUGCUGCAGCAGUAAUGCUGAACCCAAGCCAGCAGCAACCAUACUUUCCCUCGCCAGCUCCUGGACAAGCUCCUGGCCCGGCGGCGGCUGCUGCACCGGCCCAAGUUCAGGCUGCAGCGGCCGCGGCUGUCAAGGCUCACCACCACCACCAUCAACACUCGCACCACUUACAGCAGCAACUGGACAUAGAGCCUGACAGACCUAUUGGAUAUGGCGCCUUUGGUGUGGUCUGGUCGGUGACUGAUCCCAGAGACGGCAAGCGGGUGGCCCUGAAAAAGAUGCCUAACGUCUUCCAGAACCUCGUCUCCUGUAAGAGGGUCUUCCGUGAGCUGAAGAUGCUCUGUUUCUUCAAGCAUGAUAACGUCCUGUCAGCUCUGGAUAUACUCCAGCCUCCUCAUAUUGACUACUUCGAGGAAAUUUACGUGGUGACGGAGUUGAUGCAAAGCGACCUCCAUAAGAUCAUUGUGUCCCCACAGCCGCUCAGCUCUGACCACGUCAAAGUUUUUCUCUACCAGAUCCUCAGAGGACUGAAAUACCUGCAUUCAGCUGGUAUUUUACACAGGGACAUAAAACCUGGAAACCUUUUGGUCAACAGUAACUGUGUUCUCAAGAUAUGUGACUUUGGUCUGGCCAGGGUGGAGGAGCUGGACGAGUCACGUCACAUGACCCAGGAGGUGGUGACACAGUACUACAGGGCCCCUGAGAUCCUGAUGGGCAGUCGCCAUUACUCCAACGCCAUCGACAUCUGGUCCGUUGGCUGCAUCUUCGCCGAACUGCUGGGUCGACGCAUCCUCUUCCAGGCCCAGAGUCCCAUCCAACAGCUGGAUCUGAUCACUGACCUUUUGGGCACACCCUCUCUGGAGGCCAUGAGGACAGCUUGUGAGGGGGCACGAGCACACAUCCUCAGGGGGCCCCAUAAACAGCCUUCUCUUCCUGUCCUGUACACCCUGUCCAGCCAGGCUACCCAUGAGGCCGUUCACCUCCUCUGCAGGAUGCUCGUCUUCGAUCCGUCAAAGCGGAUCUCGGCUAAGGAUGCCCUGGCCCACCCGUACCUGGACGAGGGUCGUCUGCGGUAUCACACCUGCAUGUGUAAGUGCUGCUACACCACCUCGUCAGGCAGGGUUUACACCAGCGACUUUGAGCCAGUCACCAACCCCAAGUUUGACGACGGCUUUGAGAAAAACCUGACGUCGGUCCGGCAAGUCAAAGAGAUCAUUCACCAGUUCAUCCUGGAGCAGCAGAAGGGGAAUCGUGUGCCUCUGUGUAUCAACCCCCAGUCAGCCGCAUUCAAAAGCUUUAUCAGCUCCACAGUGGCUCAGCCCUCAGAGAUGCCACCGUCUCCACUGGUGUGGGAGUAGAGGAAGGACAGGCGGUUCCCCCCUUUCCCCUUCACCGCUGCCUCGCAGCCCAAAAAAAUCCCGCACAUCCGGACUACUGACGACCAGGCAACCCCCAAAACCUGCGUAGCAUUUCACUGGAGUCUAGGACUAUAGCAACUAUCGCCGAUUGAUGUGUGUACUAUAUUAGUAACUAAUGAAGUUCUGAAGAAGCAACCACUCACUGCUGAUUGGGUUUCCAAGGGACACAGGGAAAA